AUGGUGAAGACGAAGAAGCAGGCGUGCACGUCGGAGGGGUACGGGACCCUGACGGCGAAGGAGGCGUUGGUUGCUGUUCGUCUCUUGCGUUUCAACCGUGCCCCGGGGGGCAGUGAUAUCUGGAUGGAUCACUGGCGGGAGAUGAAGGCCAAGGCGGCGGCGGAGGAGGAGGCGGAGGCGACCAGGCCCGUGAAGAAGAGGAAGAGGGUGGUCAAUCAGAGGUUGCCCAAGGCGCUCAUCGAUCUCAUGCUGGCAAAGCGUUCCCGUGAAUUCCGUCGGUUCUAUGCGCUCACAACUUUUGUCGAUGCCAAGCUCCGUGACUAUGAGCAGGCCCUCAUCCGUCAGUACAACGCCGAGGGCUAUGCGGAGGACGAAAGUGAGGUCCCUGACAGCGAGUAG